AUGGCUGUUGGUAACCCCUUUUUUUGAAUUUAUUCUUUUCGUAAUUCAUUUUACAGUUUCCGAGGCGAUCAAAACGCUUUUUGAACAGUACUGCGAAGCAGUCUACAGCAGAAACUAUGAGGAAGUCAGGAGAAUUUAUUUUUGUUUCGAUGCUAAGCUAUUUGAAGGUCAUCAAGUUCUACGACGAUGACGCGGUUCUCAUCGAGAAGGGACAAGCGUGUCACUACGGGCCGAAAGGUCAGUUCUUGAUACUGAAAAUAUUCAUAUUGAACAUAUGAAAAAAAAACUUUCUCUUAAUGCAGUUUUCGUGCAAAAUAAAAAAGUAAAUUCCUCAUUUUAGAACCAAAGUCGUUCAAGUGGCGAUGGAUUUUCUCAUUUUUCUACUCCCACUGAGAAAGAAACCUAAAUGAUUUCCAGUUUAAAUUGAAGUCCUGCAUAAAAAAGAACGUUAAGAUUGUUAUUAAUUAUUAAAGUUCUUAAAAAAAUUAGGUAAAAAGGCCAAUCUCAGCGUAAAGUAGAUAAACCGCGGAACCGACGCAAAAAUACAUUUCUCAAAAAAACCCCGAUAUGCGAUGAUUCAUUGACUUCAGCUGGUUUGACAGACUUUUUUCCUCGAUUUCAGAAAAAUUGAGAGGAAAACAUAAGAGCUUCAUCCAUCUCGAACACCUUUCAAAAUUACGAGCAGUUUGAUUUUUUCUAUUGUCAAGAAAACAAAUGCUUUGAUUCCUCCACAACACGUCGAACAUUUUCUCACAACAUUUUUGCCAUCAUUCUCGAAGGGGUCUUGGAAUAUUGCAAAAAAUUCCGUUUGGAAAACAAAAAUUCAAUUUUGAAACUUUUUAGUCUUUUAUUGAAAAACCUCAAAAGAAAGGUUAUUUCACCUUGCCUUUCGGACGGAUCUGUGAACUUGUUUAAAUACACAGUGGGAUCUUCUGGGAUACUGACCCCAAAAAAGUAUUUGACGAAUUUGUGGAAAAUUCUAAACAGCAAAGUAGAAUGGCGUCUUUUGUCAGAUACCAGGUUUUUUGAAAUUUCGAGCAGGUUUUUGAACUUUUGAAUUGUCAGAAUAUUUUCCAUAUUUUAUGCAAAAAACGCAAGGCGUCAUGAAUAAAUACUUUGAAACAAAUACCAAUUUUUUUCACUUUUUUCCCAAAAACUCUUUUUGAAGUUCAGGAAGAUCAGAAUCAAGCUUUGGCUCCUGGAAAAGCAUUUCAAGCGCUCCUAAACUAACUAACUUUUCCUAGACUUUUUCUGUGAAAAUGAAUUUUUUAGACAUCGUUGAUGCUAUCAAGGCGUACCACACAAAGUUAGGACACCGAUCCACGGAGGUGAGAUUUGAUCUCUUACAAAAAAUAGUUUUUCAUUGUAGAAUUAUGACGAAGAGUUUUUCCACUUGGGCGACUACUACAUCUACGACUGCAAGUACCAUGUGACUUUUUUCUUUUUUCUUUUCACUUGUGAAGAUUUGAAGUUUAAGCUCAAAUCGGAAGUGCGCAAAGAGAGGAUCAGCGGAAGCUACAACCAGAUUUGGCGCAAAGUUGGAGACGACUACAAAAUCAUCCGCGACGUGUUCAGCAUCGAAUCCCGAAGCUCGAGCUGA